GCCUGCUCUCCACACACACCCCGAGUCUCUCUCUGUGCACAACGGCCUUGACCAUUGCAUCUGACGUCCGAACUGUUGUUGAUGCCCUAACUAGCUGGCUUUAAUCGGUCCAUUAGACAUUUCAUUUCAUCCAUUCUAUGCCCAUGGUCCAGCGCAUAAACUACAUCAGGAGGUAAACAACAACCAUGACCUCUGAUGGCGCCUCCUCAAUCUCGGUCACCGUCCGUGUCAGACCGUUUACGAUCAGAGAAGCGGCUCAACUCAGCAAAUGUGAUGACACCACUAUCUUUCUCGGCGAUGGCUCGCUCGCACCUGCGCCUGCUCCGAAGUUAUCACAAAAAGGCCUCAGGCCCGUAAUCAAAGUCGUCGACGAUAAAUGCUUAGUCUUUGAUCCUCCCGAAGACAACCCUGUCCAGAAAUUCUCCCGAUCUCUUGUUCCGAGUGGCAAGCGAGUCAAGGACCAGACAUUCGGAUUUGACCGAAUUUUCGACGAAAAUGCGUCCCAGGGUGAAGUAUACGAGGCUACAACCAGACCCCUGCUGGACAGUGUUCUGGAUGGGUACAAUGCCACUGUGUUUGCCUACGGUGCCACCGGCUGUGGAAAGACGCACACGAUCACGGGAACGGUACAACAACCGGGAAUCAUUUUCAUGGCAAUGCAGGAGUUGUUUGAAAGGGUAGCCGAGCUGGCCACGGAGAAGGUGACCGAAAUCUCCUUGUCUUACUUGGAGAUCUACAACGAAACGAUCCGCGAUCUGCUUGCGCCACCGGGGAGCAAGGCAGGGUUGAUGUUGAGAGAGGAUGCCCACCAAACAGUUUCUGUUGCGGGACUCUCGAGCCAUCGUCCACAGAACGUACAAGAGGUGAUGGAUUUGAUCAUGAAAGGCAAUGAAAUGAGGACAAUGUCACCCACCGAAGCCAACGCUACCUCUUCGCGAUCCCACGCGGUCCUGCAGAUUAAUGUGGCCCAGAAAGACCGGAAUGCAAGCGUCGAGGAACCCCACACCAUGGCCACGUUGAGUAUAAUCGACCUGGCAGGCAGUGAAAGAGCCAGCGCCACCAAAAAUCGGGGAGAGCGUCUGCUUGAAGGAGCCAACAUCAACAAGUCACUCCUCGCUCUCGGCAGCUGCAUCAAUGCCCUGUGCGACCCGCGCAAGCGCAACCAUGUUCCAUAUCGCAACUCGAAGCUCACGCGACUGCUCAAAUUUUCUCUCGGUGGCAACUGCAAAACUGUGAUGAUUGUUUGUGUCAGUCCGUCCAGUGCCCAUUUUGAUGAGACGCAAAAUACAUUGAGAUAUGCGAACCGAGCAAAGAACAUUCAGACCAAGGUCACACGAAAUGUUUACAACGUUAAUCGCCAUGUCAAAGACUUUUUGGUCAAGAUCGAUGAACAGAUGGCGUUGAUCAACGAAUUGAAAGCACAGCAGAAAGAUUACGAGGCUUUGGCCUUUGCCAAAUUCAAGAAGCAAAACGAGAGAAAGGAGAUCAUCGCCAGGGAAGGUGUACAGAGGAUCCGCAGCGCUUAUGAACAUUCUGCUGCUGAAAGACAAGAACGAACAAACAACAUGAUCAAGCUCAAGCAACUGGGGAGACGAAUCGCCAUGUUAACAUCGUGGAUUGCCGCAUUCGACGCUGUUUGUGACGGCCUCGAUGAUGAUGAACCCAUGAAGAACAUGCAUGCAAUCCGCAAAACGGCCCAGGGGAUCUUGAUGGAGCUGGAAAGUGGUCGACACCAUUGUCAGCAGAAAGUGUUGAAAAGCAGCUGGGAUCGGGCCAUGAACACGGCACUGGAGCAUAGCUUACGGCAGCUCAACGAAGUGGACACGGGUGACAUGAUCGACUCAGAAACCCUUCGACGAGAAGUUGAAUUGCUCAGAUCGACCGCUGAACGAGAAACGCUUGCAGCUGUGAACGAUCAAGACAAGUUCGGCGACGCGGCAACCAUCCAAGUGCUCCUGCAAGCCCAUUUUGAAACCAUCGCUGCCCUGGAGAAUCUCAACCGGAUGAGUGUGGACGAGGCAGUCGAGUCAGCUACUCAGAUCCUGGGUAAAAUGCUGAAAUCUGCCUCUAGUGCGGCCUCUUAUGUGGUGAAACCUGAUGGAAGUCUUACACCAGUUGAGGCGUUUGCCCCGACCAAAGCUGGUACCCCCAAGCGGCGCAAGCAGAACGUCAACAGCUCCAUGUUGGAUGGCAGUCCUCUCCGACCUAAAUCAGUGUCUGUCGUGCCGUCCCAUGUACUGCCAUCACCUGUCAAAGCGUCCCCUCGCCGCCGAGCGUUACUAGGUGCUGCGAAGAAGGGUGUUCAGGUGUCUUUUACUCCAAAGAAGAGGAAGUCUCCAAUCAAGGCGGCCAAACGCGUGGUGAGAUGGCGCGAUGAUGUCGAGGACGGUGCACUGGCGGAGUUUGAGAAGACUCCUCAGAAGUUUACACCUUCUCCAAAGGAAGAAUCGACGACUGAGAUUAUACCGCCACAGGUGCCGGAUUUGACUGCAUCUCUCGCCAAGCUUAGCACUCAGGCGUCGUCACCUGGCUCUUCCCCUAUCCCUCCACCGCCUGAAGUGUCACUCCCGGUUCCGUCCAAAAACAGUCGCUUCGAGGCUGGAUUUCUGUCGAAGAAGUCUGACGGAUCCCCAAACUCUUCCACGAUCAUCCCUCCCAAAAUGACACCCCUGUCAUCGUCUGACAGCGACGAGUCACCGUUGAGAGAGCUUGAUCCAAGUAAGGCCGCCAAUCGACGCUCCAUCACACCCUCGUCAACGAAUAAGCCUGCCGUGAACGGCUGUGCUGACAAUAGCGGCACUUCAUCUGCUUCAAACUCUGACACAGAAAACCGUGGCCAGUCCAAUAAAGACGAGGCGUUGAAAAUUCGUGAGGCCGUCAAGCGGACAAGUUCAGUUCGGCGCUCUGGUGUGAAUGGGUCGCGCACACAACGACGACGAUCACCGACUGCAGCAACUGCUACCUCGGGCUCGCCCCAGUCGGACUCCAUGUUUGCGGCCGGCCACGUUAGGAGGAUGGUUAUGGGCAAGAAUGACAAGGAGAACGACUGGAAGGUGGGUGUCUUGAGUCCUCGCGUCCAUGGAAUAGUCAGCCAUAGUAAGAGUGUGGGCCCGCACGGCAACAGACGCACGACGAUGAGUGGAACCGAUGUCAGAUCUACACCCAACCCUGGAGAUCGUGCGGGUGUGAGGAUGAGUUCAAUCGCUCCUUCACAUGGUCAUUCGGCUUCGAGGGGAAGCUUGAUGCCUUCAGGAAAGACUGUCUGGCGUUGAAAAGAAAGAAGGAUCUUGCCCAGUUCAAGAUGGUGUUUUCACUAGAGGAUGCAUUUGCAGGCGUUGGACGGUCUUGGGUAGGCUCGAGAAGGCCCCAGGCACAGGAUCUGGGGCGGCGCAAGUCCAGGGAUUGAGAAAUGAGACAGAACGAACGGCUCUCGGGUGCUUCAUGGAAAGGACCAUCAAAAGCUGGCCUGUUUGUACAAUUAACGGCGGCGCUCUGAAUAUGAGGUGGCCUCUGUCAUGGCACACCUCUGGAAGGAGUUUGUAAUUGACCGGGCCUUAGGCUUCAUCUUGGGUGGGCUCGGUUCGGCGUUAGUGAGUGCUUAGACCUUACGAAUGAUGAUCCCAGACAAAUUACUAUUGAUACAG